AUGGCAGAACAAGAUGUGACAGAGCUUGUGAAAAGACUCGAAGAAGCUUCUCAUUUGAAGAAGCAUGGUAAAGCUACUAAGAUCACAUGUUCUAUAUUUGAUAGACCCGAUGUGAAGUUGGACAGUUGGAAAUUCAAUGAAUGGGACUAUGGCAAAUCUAAAAGAGUGUUACCUUGUAGUGCCAGAGGUUUAUUUAUCCAAAAUGCUGAUUCAGAGCCCAGGAUAGUUACUAGAGGAUACGAUAAGUUCUUUAACAUCGACGAAGUGCAAAGAACUAGCUGGAGGUCAAUUCAAGAUAACACUGAGGGGCCAUAUGAGAUUACUGUCAAAGAGAACGGAUGUAUAAUUUUGAUUGGAGGAUUGGAAGAUGGUACUGUUGUAGUAUGUUCGAAACAUAGCACUGGGCCCAGAGAUGACAUCAACAGAAACCAUUCACAAGCUGGUCAGCAGUUCUUGGAACAACAAUUGAAGGAGAAAAACCUUGGAUUGAAGGAUCUUGGACGGUAUUUAUAUGAAGCCAAUUGUACUGCUAUUGCAGAAUAUUGCGAUGAUACCUUUGAAGAACAUAUUUUGGAAUAUAACAGAGACAAUGCAGGUCUAUACCUACAUGGUUUAAACUACAAUACUGUAGGGUUCAGCACUUUUCCAAUGGCAAAAGUAGCUGAAUUUGCAAACGCAUGGGGAUUUAAGCAUAUUGAUUACUUUACUACGGAAGAUAGUUCAUCAUUGAAGACAUUCCUUACUGAGUGCGAAAAAGCUGGUCAUUACAAUAAUCAAGAGAUUGAAGGGUUUGUGAUAAGAUGUAAGGAUAAAUCAACUGGUGGGACAUUCUUUUUCAAGUACAAGUUUAAAGAACCUUAUUUGAUGUAUCGACAAUGGAGGGAGGUUACAAGAGAGUACAUAUCUACCAAACAACGUGUCUUCAGAUACCGCUCGCAUAACUAUAUCACCAACAAAUAUAUGGACUUUGUGAUUCCCUUGUUGGAUCGUGACCCAAAACUAGCUGAUGAUUUCAUGAACGGGAAGGGUAUAAUAAAAUUGAGAAAACUCUUUCUAGAAGAUUACGGUAUGUCAGGCCUAGAGAUCCUCAAUUUGGACAAGAUUAAAGAAUUAGAAGAGGCAGAAAAUCAUGUCGAAAAUGUAAUCGAUGAAAAUACAAAAUUUUUACUAGUGACAAUUGCUACAAUCGGAUGUGGUAAAUCUACAGUUUCUCUCACGCUUAAUGAGUUAUUCCCUGAGUCAUGGGGACUAGUUGUGAACGACAAUAUAACCUCUAAUAAAACAGACUACAUUAAAUCAGCCUUGCAAUUAUUCAAAGACGGGAAACAAUUUGUGCUUGCUGAUAAAAACAAUCAUCAGUUCCGUGAAAGGGCAGCUGUUUUUGAAUGGAUCAAUCAAUAUAGGGAUUCGUAUAUUCCAUACAACUGUAAUUUACAAGUCAUAGCAUUGUGUUUUGUAGACGAGGUAUCCCCAGAAAUGAGAGCAUUAACCAUCGACAGGGUUAUGAAAAGAGGUGACAAUCAUCAAAGCAUCAAAUCUGAAAGUGACGAUCAGCAGAAGGUUUUGAAAAUUAUGCAAGGAUUCAUGAACAGAUUCCAACCAUUCCUUCCUUCCAAAGAUCCUGAUAACAAAUUUGACUUCCAUAUACAAUUGGAAGUUGGCAAGAACUCGUCGUUGAAAAACACUAUUACCGUUCUCAAAGAGUUACAGCGUAAUUAUGGAGACGUUAUUCCCUCGAUCCCAGAUGAUUCUAUCGUACAUCAGGCUUUUGAAAGGGCUCUCAAUUACAAACCAACCAUAACGAAAAUCAUUAAAGGUGGGAAUAAAAUUGACAAAAAGCAGCAUAAACCUGUAUAUUUCUCAGCUAAUGUAAUUGACACAGACCUUUUAUUGCAACAUGUCAGAAAAACCAUUGAAACACAUGCAUCAGAGUACCCUUCUUUGCUUAAAAGUCUGGAUUCAACUCCUUUCAAAGACGCUUUGCAUAUAACCCUAUACCAUAAGUCUCAAAUCAGGUCUGUUGGUAUAAAAGCUAAACAAAUGUGGGCCAAAUACUUGGAUAGAUACAAAGAGUAUCUCUCAAAAGAAAAUAACUCAGAGGCUACCAAAAACAUUAUCGCUACGGAGGAUAGUGUCUCUUUCAAAUUGAGAGAUUUAAUCUGGGAUAAGCACGUAAUUCUAGCUACCGUUUCCCUGCUAGAUGAUACCCAUCCAAUUGUUAUGCCAGAUGGUACUCAUUUGGACCAUUUGACUUGCCUUAACAAAGUUCCUCACAUAACACUUGCAUUGUUUUCCAAUGAGAAAACAGCGAAGUAUUCUGGUGAAUUGGCUAAAGAAGUGUAUGAGUUCGGUAUACAAGAAUCGGAUACUGAUACAGGUAUGAUCAGUCUAGGGACAACUGACAACCUUCAGUUUAGCGGGAAAGUCUGUAUUAAUUUAUAA